AUGGCUCCUCGCCGAGCGCACACCAAGUCCCGCCAGGGUUGUGACCAGUGUAAGCGGCGUCGUGUAAAGUGUGAUGAAAGAGGGCCUCCGUGCUCCAAUUGUAUCUCGAGGGAGCUAGCAUGCACAUAUUUGAGAGCGCCGCCUCGGACCGAAGUACAUACAAGCCAUGCCCCAGCUGUGGUCAGUGUACCUAGUGUACCUAGUGUGGCCAGUGUCUCCAGUCCCCGGCCUCUGGGGAUCCCAAGCCCAGCUGCCUCCACUCCUUCGAAUAUUUCCGGGGUACGAGAUUUGGAGUUGAUGCACAAGUUCUCCACUGAAACCUACGAGAGCCUGUGCACGUCCAAUUCGGAACAUUAUGUGUGGCAAAUCGCCAUCCCUCGUCUGGCUCUUCAGUAUGAUUUCUUGAUGAAUGGACUGUUGGCCCUAGGAGCUCUCCAUAUUGCCACUAGCCUUGAACCACCAGCGUCUUUGGUGUAUAUUGAUACCGCUCUCCAAUAUCACAAUCUCACCUUUGCGCCAUAUCGGGCGGCAGUCGACAAUAUCACGCCACUGAACUGCGAGGCUGUGCUGGCGCAGUCCAUCAUUACUACUGUGAUUGGUAUUGCCUUGCCUCGGGUAAGUGCUGCUCGCGGGGAGAGUGCAAGUAUAACCGAAAACAUCGUCGUGGUGUUUGAACUCUUGCAAGGUGUGAAAAAGAUUCAUCGGAUUGGUGAGUCCUGGAUCAAACUGGAGCUGUUUGCUCGCCGACGAAAUUAUUGGGAUGCGGGCUCGAUUGGGCUUGACAGUGAGACACAAGCUGCUCUGGAGAGACUCGGUGCUUUGAACGACGAAACCCUCGCCAGCAUCGAUCCGGAUCAGCAUCAGAUCAACAAGGACGCCAUUAUCUACCUGCGGCAUUUCUCUACCAGAGUACUCACUUCAGUUGAUGCGGCGAACGUUCUGGCUUGGCUGGCCAUGGUCGACAAAGAGUUUGUGGAUAAUGUGCGACGCCGCCAGCCCCUGGCACUAUUGAUCCUCAUGCAUUGGGGAGUUCUACUUGGCGAGCUUGAUGGUCAGCAUUGGUGGGCCCGUGACUCGGGUCGAGUUUUAGUUGGCGAACUAUUGGAUGCACUGCGCCCUGCAGACCCUCAAUGGGCGGAGGCUGUUGCUUGGCCCCAGAAGAAGAUGGCGCUUUGA